AUGCCCAAUCCCUCCAAGGCGUGCGCGACGCGACUCACCCGCGAGUUGCGCGCGUUCCGAAGCGCCCCGCCGCCGCUCGCACCGUCGGUGUACGUCGAUGAGAAGGAUCUCUUGGAGUGGUUCAUCUUGCUCCAGGGCGCGCCGGAUUCGCCGUACGAGGGCGGAUGGUACGUCAUGCGCAUCAAGUUUAAGCACGAUUAUCCGUUCAAGGCGCCGGCGGUGAGCAUGAUCACCCCGAACGGACGGUUCGCGGAGAAUCAGAGCGUGUGCAUGUCGAUGACGGAGUGGCAUCAGGAGUCGUGGAAUCCGGCGUGGUCGGCGAGCUGCAUAGUCACCGGGUUCAUAUCCUUCAUGACGACGGACGAGCAGACGAGCGGAGGGGUACGGACGACGGAUGCGGAGAAGAGGCGGUUGGCGGCGGCGAGCUUGGAGUGGAACGCGAAGAACGCGAAUCUGGUGCAGAAGUUUCCCGAGCUCGCGGAUCCGGAGAAGCUGCACGCGCUGAAGAUGAAGUGA